CUCAUUCGUCCUUAGAUUUAGUCCUGCUAGACUAUUUACUUGUACGGGUAAAAAUUUUCAUGUGCUCUAUCAACUCGAGGGACGCUUUUCCAUCGACAACGUAUAUGCAUUUUGUCAGAAAUGCUCUGCCUCUGGCAUUAUGCUUCCGAGCUUUCCGCUAUUCCUAAUUUCUCUGCUCAGUGGCUUGAAGCUUGAAUAUUGAUUAUUCGGUCGCUAGCCAUUAAUUAUACGUUUAUGUAGCUGUCGCAAUCCCUCGAUAGUAUGCGCAUCAGAUGUUUGAUAAUUUGCCUAAACUAAUUUUAAUCGCGGUGUAACAGUUUGCAAUGAACUUUACCCGCCUCUCGCGAGCUAUAAACCACUUCAAGAUCCUUAACCAGCAAAUUCGCUUCUUUGCUCGUGAUCCAUUUCCCAACAAGCUAACUCAUUACCUCCGCCGGGCCGAACUCAUUGAUUCAAUUCGACUCUGUCUACGUUCCAACUCUUCCAACUCUCUUCCCACUCUCCUUAAUACCCGCCUGUUAGACCCUUUUGUAGUUACUCACGCGCUUCGCUCUGCUCCUAAUGCAGACUCAGCUCUUUUCCUCGUUGAAUCCCUUAAAAUUAUCCCUCAUUUCUCACAUAAUCAAUCUACCCUUUACGCGCUUGCCACAAUCCUUGCCAAGUCUGGCAGGAAGUCGGAGCUUAGGUCCCUGAUUGAUCAGAUUAUUUCCGGUACAUAUUAUAAUAUUCGUAUUAGCUUUAUGAACCUUAUGCAGUGGUAUGCUGCAGCCGGAGAUAUAGAGGCAGUUGUAGAUACGUGGGAUAAGUAUAGAGGCAGUGUUAAGCGUGGUUGUACUGAGUCUUAUAACAUUGUUAUGAGUUCGUAUGCUCAAAUGGGUAGAAAUUUAGAAGCUGUAGAUGUUUUCUAUAAGAUGAUUGAUGAAGGGGCAAUUCCAAAUUCUAGAACUUACACAGUUAUGAUUGAGCAUCUCAUUAAUUCAGGGAAAUUGAAUUCAGCAAUUGAGAUUUUUAGUCUGUUGCCAUUGAUGAGGAUCAAAAGGACUUUAAAGCAGUAUUCAGUUUUGGUGGAAGGGUUUGUAGGUGCCAAGAGGUUUGAUGAGGUUAAAACUUUGCUUAAUGAAAUGCGGAUUGAUGGGAAGUUUCCUGGUCAUACCAUGCGUCUGGCUUUGCAGCAUAUGCAGGAGGCAGGAUUUGUGCAUGAGACUGAGGACUUCCUUAGAGAAAUGUUUCCUGAUGAGAGAAUCAAGAAUAUAGGAUCUUACACUGAUAGUAGCGAUGAGGAUGACAAUAAGGAUGUUAACCAUGGAGAUGUUCACACCGACACUGAUGAAAUUAAAUUAAAACCAUGGUUGGACCCAAAAGCCUUGGCAAAUGCCUUGAGUCAAUGGAGUCCUGAAGUUGUCUCCAUAUUGGAAGAUACAAACUUUGUAUGGACAACUCGAUUGGUGUGCAAGGUUCUUAGGAACUUUAGUUUGGCCGAAACAGCUUGGAAUUUCUUUUGUUGGGUUGCUUAUCAGCCAGGAUUCACUCAUGAUGUUUAUACGGUUCAAAGGAUGAUGACACUUUUAGCCAGGUAUGGGAAGGUUGAAUUGGUUGAUAAACUCAUAAGCAAAAUAAGAAGUGAGGGAAUGAAAUUGCCUUUAAGCACUAUCAGGUUGAUCAUUGACUUCUAUGGCAUUUCGAAGAAUGCUGAUGCUGCAUUAAAGGUCUUCCGUGAUGACAGAACACUUUGUGGUUCCAUAUCAAAAUUUAAUCUGAUGCUUUUAUAUUCAUCUCUGUUGCGGACAUUGACCAAGUGUAACAGAAAUUUGGAUUCCAUUGAUGCGCUUGAAGAAAUGAUUUUGCUUGGUAUAUGUCCAGAUAUCCAGACAUUUUGUGGGUUGAUUUAUCACUUUGCAUUGCACGGUGAUAUUAAAACUGUGCAGAAACUAUUUAUAAUGGUCAGGCAGAGUGAUGUGGAGCCAGAUACUUAUAUGUUCAAAGUACUGAUCCAGGCUUACUGCAAGUGUGAGAGAGCAGCUCUUGCAUGGAGGGUUUUCGAAGACAUGAAAAACUCAAAUUUGAUGCCAGAUGCUGCUACAAAAAAUUUGCUUGUAAAGAGUCUUUGGAAAGAAGGCAAGCGAAAAGAAGCUGCCAUUGUGGAAGAAAGCUGCGAAGAAAAGAAUGAAGUGCUUCCUCUUGUUUUGCGAGGUCAUUUAUGGACAGUGAGUUCUGCAGAUCUCACUAGAGUAUACAAUAUUUAUUCCAACAGCUUCAUGUCAACUUCUGCUGGCUAGAUUUUGGCCUGGACUUGGCAAUGAGCAAUGAUCUUCUAUUUAAAAAAAUUGUGUUUGUAAUAUCAGCAUAACAUGAUUUUUAAAGUAAUACCAUGUUCUCCUUCUCUUGACUUGACUUUCUGAGUGCCUCAACCUUUCCAUUUAUUCAUUGAUGGUGUUGGCCGGCAAGAGCAACCGAGUUGUAAUGCUAUAAUAUUUGAUUGGUAAAUUUCUGAUUCUGUUGGAAACA